CAUGUCAACUAUAUAAAGUUUUCCAAUCACUAAUCCGGUCAUUAUUUACAUGACCAUGCUGUUGAAGUCAUUUCUUUGGCUUCUGCUUCUUUGUUGUCGCCUCGGGGAGUCCAAGAGAAGAAACGUUCUUCUGAUUAUCGCUGAUGAUGCCGGGUUUGAGACUGAGGUGUACAACAACUCUGUGGUCCGCACCCCUCACCUGCGUUCUCUGGCCCAGCACAGCGUCGUGUUCAACAACGCUUUCACCUCAGUCAGCAGCUGUUCCCCCAGCCGCUCCACCAUCCUCAGUGGCCUGCCACAGCACCAGAAUGGCAUGUACGGCCUUCACCAAGGGGUCCAUCAUUUUAACUCUUUCGAUGGCAUCCAAAGUCUGCCGCUGCUCCUCAGUCAAGCUAACAUACACACAGGUAUCAUUGGAAAAAAGCAUGUUGGUCCUGGGUCAGUCUACCCUUUUGACUUUGCGUACACGGAGGAAAACAACUCUGUCCUCCAGGUGGGGAGGAACAUCACCCGCAUCAAACUUCUCGUCCGAAAGUUUUUCCAGACCCAUAAAGACGAAGCUUUUGUGAGAAACCAAAAAGCAGAAGUCAACAAUUUGAAAGAUGAAGAGAGGCCUUUUUUUCUGUAUGUUGCCUUCCAUGACACCCACCGCUGUGGGCACUCCCAGCCCCAGUAUGGAGCUUUCUGUGAGAAGUUUGGAAAUGGUGACAUGGGAAUGGGCAGAAUUCCUGAUUGGACGCCACUAUAUUACACGCCAGAGCAAGUUAAGGUUCCGCCUUUUGUACCGGACACACCUGCAGCACGAGCUGACUUAGCCGCAUUGUAUACUACAGUUAGCCGACUGGACCAAGGUAUUGGAUUAGUUCUUCAGGAGCUCAGAGACGCCGGUUAUGAGAAUGACACUCUGAUCAUCUACAGCUCCGAUAACGGCAUCCCCUUCCCCAAUGGCAGAACCAACCUUUAUCACUCCGGCACAGCGGAACCUAUGCUGGUGUCCUCUCCAGAGCACAGGGAGCGAUGGGGAGACACCAGCCAGGCCUAUGUCAGCUUAUUAGACAUCACUCCCACCAUCCUGGACUGGUUUUCUGUCCCCUACCCUUCAUACAGCCUCCCUGGCAACGCCGCUGUCCCAGUACACCUCACUGGCCGCUCUUUGCUUCCUGUCCUGGUGACUGAGCCCGGCAGCUGGCACACAGUCUAUGCCAGCCAAUCGCUGCACGAGGUCACCAUGUACUACCCAAUCCGUGGUGUCCACCAGGGGGCGUACCGCCUCCUCCACAACCUCCACUACCGCAUGCCCUUCCUUGUCGACCAGGACCUGUAUGUUUCGGCCACCUUCCAGGACCUGCUGAACCGCACCAGGCUGAGUGAGCCCACACACUGGUUCAAAAGCCUGCAGCAGUAUUACUACAGGGAGCGCUGGGAGCUGUACGAUACCAGAAGAGACCCUCUGGAAACAAAGAACCUGGCGUCAGACCCGUCAUACAGUGGCGUGCUGGAGAGCCUGAGGCAGACUCUCCAGAAAUGGCAGUGGGACACGGGGGACCCCUGGGUGUGUGGAGCAGACUAUGUCCUGGAAGACAAGCUGGAGCCACAUUGCAGACCACUUUACAAUGGACUCUAAUGGAGUGCAUCCCUCGCUAUUCUUCUCCCAGAAGAGGGCGGAGCUGAUGAUGCAUGACCCCGUGGGAUCAGUAAAUCCAUCUGCGAAUGGCUUUGUAUUGCUAAAUUAGUUUUUUUCCUCUGAGCCCAAUCAAUUUUGAAGCAAGACUAAUUCACAGACCGUUGAUAUUGUGGGUCAGUGAAUCACUUCCUUGUUUUUAUUGACGAGGUCCUUUCAAAAUCGAUAUUCACUGAUUGGAAAGUCAUAAAGCUAUACAACCACUAUUUUGCUUAGUUAGGCACUGACGCAGUGCAACAGCUUUUUGCAUUUCCCACUUGCACAUUUCUGCGUUUUACUUCUGUGACAAUGAUCUGACAUGGGUGACAUGGAUCGCCUGACCCCUAGGGUUUUGGACCUUGUCUCCACUGACUUACUGUUCCAGGAUACAGACAUGAUGGGCACGGAACAUUUUUCUGUUUUACUGUGAUGACACAUUUUAUUGUGAAGAUGCCAUACUGUUAUUACGUCGUCCCCCCCCCUCCCUCUACUGGGAAGUAACAAACAGUACUUAAAUAGGUUUUUGAGUAUUUAAUUUUGUGAUAACUUUAUACUGGUUCGUCUUGUUACUUUUUUCAACCCCCAUGGAUGACAACUCAAUGUAAAAAAAAAAAAAAAACUAGAGAAAGAUAGUGAACUACAGUUGAGCUCUUUAUUGAUUCAGAUCUUGGGGUCUUAUAGACAGGGAAACCAGUGAGAACAUGAACCAAAGAGAAAUAACCAUGAUGCAGCAGAUUCGAAGACGCAAGAUAUUCUCCAUCCAUGGUGUUAUUGAAGAUAAACUUCGGUCACAAGAAUAAUUUGUGGCAAAUGUGUUCUUUUACGCCAGCACGGUGACAACUGGUUAGCACAUCUGCCUCACAGUUCUGAGGACCGGGGUUUAAAUCCCGGCCCCGCCUGUGUGGAGUUUGCAUGUUCUCCCCGUGCCUGCGUGGGUUUUCUCCGGGCACUCCGGUUUCCUCCCACAUCUCAAAAACAUACAGGGUAGGUUAAUUGAAGACUCUAUAUUGCCCGUAGGUGUGAAUGUGUGCGUGAAUGGUUGUUUGUUUAUAUGUGCCCUGCGAUUGGCUGGGCACAACCAGUUCAGGUUGAAGAUUGCUGGGAUAGGCUCCAGCACGCCCGCGACCCUAGUGAGGAUAAGCACUGGAACGGCAGAUGAAUAAAUGAAUUAUUUUACCCCAAGAGGCACAGCGACGACUCAUUCAGGUCACAAAGAAACCCAGGACAACAUCUAAAAAACUGCAGGCCUCCCUUGCCUCUUCAGUGUUCAUGACUCAACAAUAAGGAAGAGACUGGGCAAAAAUGGCAUCCAUGGCAGAGUUCCAAAAAAAUAGAGUUCCAAAAAACACUGCUGACCAAAAGGUACAUAAAGGCUUGCCUGAAGGAGAACGUUCGGCCACCAGUUUGUGACUUCAUGCUGAAGCGAACUUAGAUUCUGCAGUAGGACAAUCACAGCAGCAAGUCAACUUCUGAAGGCCUUGAAAAAAAAAAAAAAAAGAAGGUUUUGAAGUGGCCUCGUCAAAGUAUGGACAUGAAUCUGAUUGACAUCCAGUGGCAUGACCUUAAAAAGGCAGUUCGUGCUGGAAAACCCUCCAUUGUUGCUGAAUUGAAAUAAUAUCUGUGAGGACGAGUGGGCCAAAAUAUCUCCACGGAAAUGUACAGUAAAAGACUCAUUGGCAGUUAUAGAGAACGCUUGAUUUACGCUGUUGCUGCUGAGGGUGGCCACACCAGUUAUUAGGUUUAGGGGGCCAUUACGUUUUCCACACAGAGCCAGGUAACAUUGAACAGUGUGUGCCUGCCCCCCCCCAAAAAAAAUAAAAAUAAAAUCACAAUUUAAAAACUGCA